UUUUAUUUUGGCAGCAUGGAGAACGCCAAGAACGGCCCCCCCAAGACCUUAAAAUACAAGCCGCUUGUUCGCAUUGGGAUUGCCGUCCUGGUGCUGCACACCGUCUGCUGGUUGGGAUGGAAUGCGGUGAAUCCUGGAGCAGAGUCCAGCAAUGCGGCGGCCACAGCCAAUGCCCAUCAUGAACGCUUGCGGGCGGCCAUCGAACAGAAGUGACCCGCCUGUGACGUAAUGGCCAACAAGUUUUGAUAAAUGUGAAUUGAUAUGUGACUAUAACAGUAAACAAGAAGUACAAUUAACCGAAAAA